GAGGUCGGGCGCAAAUGGUAUACACAGGAUAUCAAAAUAAUUAUUAUUUGACUGAGAGAAGUCGGCGGUCAACUAGAAAUGGAAGUAAUAUGAUCGAAGGUAAUAGCUACUUCACCAAGAAAUAAAAUGUACUUUCCAAUAGGAUGCAUUAAGUGCCAUAACGCCAGGAUAGAAGAAUGCUCGUCGUUGACGUUCCUGAAAUUGAAUCGAACAAAGAGUUUAAUAGUCACCCUAUCACCGAGCUGCAUCGUGCUAUGGAAGACAAGGCCCAGAGUUUUACUGUGCUUAUAUCAAAGGACAAAUAAUUGCAUUGAGAAGCAUGGUGAAAACAAGUGUGCUGUUUUCAAGCCAGAUUCAUCUGCCAUCUAUGUCCUUACAAACAACAGCUCCAUACUAUUAUUUGAUGUCCUUAACAAAGAUGGAGAGUACAUCUACAAAAUUCAAAAUCCAAGUUCUAGACAUGCAGAACAGCUUGAGCCCCAUGGAAUUCUAGAAUGCAGUCUUUCUCUCAAAUCUAGAGUCAAUCUUGACGCUGAUGCAGCAAGUUGCUCACCACGAUCAGAUGAACUUAUUGUCACCACCACAGAUGGUUGGUUGCAUCGUUUAAAAUGGGAUGGAACAGUUGACAACAAUCUAGCAAUCAAUAUCAGAAACGUGAGAUUUUCUGCUGAUUUGGAGACCACAACAGGGGCAAUUCUUGGUGGUGACUGUUUAUACGUCAAAUGCAUCGAGUGUAGCCCGUUGCUGGGGGGCUUUGCUUUCGUACUUUCUGAUGGCAGAGCUGGCUUCCUCAUGUCGACUUCAGCAGUUGCUAGGCCCAGUGAAGUGGUUGGGGUUUUCGCCAAGAAUAUUACAGAUGCAACAUGCCUUUCAGUGAAUCAUAAAUAUCAAAUGAUUGUUUUUGGAUGUGAAAGUGGAAAGGCGUAUGCGUUUACAUUUGACGAUCUAUAUGGAGGCCUGAUGCUGUCACACAAAUAUUCAUUGCCUGUGAAGGAUUAUCCUGACCAAGGCAAAAAGGCUGGAAUUGUGACGUCAACUUCAUGGACCCCUGAUGGUUGUGCGAUGGCAAUGGCCUGGGGCAACGGUGGCAUUGCAGUAUGGAGUGUGUUUGGGGCUCUGCUCACGUGCACACUUAACGCUGAUUUUUGUUUUAGCCCGGACGUAUUCCAUCAAGAGCCACUGAGAGUUGAUUCACUGGGAUGGGGGCCGGAAGGGUAUCAGCUGUUGAUGAUCCCUAAUUUAUCAGACGAUUCAGAGCAUCUGGUGAAAGGAGAUAUUUUGCAGCUUGAUUUCAUCAAAAGUGCUCUAACAGUCAACCCGUGCAUGCCAAACAGACAGCAUUUAUUUUUGCAAGGUGACAGCUCAAUAUACAUCAAUUCUGGCGACAUGAUUUUACCAAAUUCCACUCAUGACUCAGGCUUGCAAAGCUCUCUUUUCAGCAACAGACACUGGCAGACUAUCCAAGUUCCUUCUUCAUACAUAAGUGCCAACUGGCCGAUUCGGUAUUCAGCGAUAGGCUGGAAUGGCAGAGAUAUGGCAGUGGCUGGCAAGUUCGGAUAUGCCCACUAUUCGCUUAACACAAGAAAAUGGAAGUUAUUUGGAAAUGAAACCCAGGAAAAGAAUGUUACUUGCAGGGGUGGUUUGACACUUUGGGAUGAAUACCUUAUUGUUGGUUGUUACAACAUCGAAGCUGAAUCUGACGAGGUGAGAUUUCAUUGUCGAAAGUCAAACCUUGAUGCCAAUACAGCACAGACCAUCAAACUAGAUUCUCCUGUCUUUCUGAUCAACACAUUUCACGAUAUCCUACUGGUUUACACAGCUGAUUGCAGUGUCCGUUUCUAUCAACUGUUGCUGGAUGAUCAAGUCGCACCUGCUGCAGUCACCCCCGUCUUGUUAUCAGAAGUGUCUUUGAUGGACCACGUUCAGCAUCCUCUCAUCGUUACGUCAUUAAGUUUGACUGGAUUGAAAAAUGAGCAAGCUGCAUUAAGCGCGUCUACAGAUGGGUACGAAGCGAAUUCUCUAGUGAUGAAUGUCGCUGGCAGAAUUAUGAUGUUGCAGAAAGACAGACCAGCAGCUGAAAGAGGUGGCAAACAGGUUAAAUUUUUAUCACCAGUCGUCCUCGCUUCCUGCGUUGAAAACGUUUGGUACAUGGUCGAUGUUCACUCUAAUAAGAGACACUUAUCAGAAUCCCUCUGGCUUGCUUGUGGGUCUCAGGGAAUGAAGGCGUGGCUGCCUUUAUUUCCAAUCAAUGAUGGUGGAAGAUCACUUGGGUUUCUCUCGAAGCGCAUCAUGCUCCACUUUGAUCUGAAUGUUUACCCGCUUUCUGUGCUUUUUGAAGAUGCUGUUAUCCUUGGCAUUGGAACAGACAAUGUCUCUGACAGCCUGUCACCUGGUUUUUCGUACAAGAACUCACACAUGUUUUCAUCCUACAGCCUUGAGAGGACGACUCAAGUUUACUUGCCUCACAUCUUACGACAACUUUUGCGAAGAAAUUUGGGAGUGCAUGCCCUGGAAAUAGCAAGAACGUGUACAAAUUUGCCUUACUUCACUCACGUAUUGGAACUGAUGCUGCAUGAAGUGCUGGAGAGAGAGGCCACUGCUUCAGAACCCAUCCCUGACCCAUUACUUCCAAGAAUCGUUGCCUUCAUCCAAGAAUUCCCUCAGUACUUAGAGACCGUCUGUCAUUGCGCAAGGAAGACUGAAGUUGCUUUGUGGCGACACUUGUUUUCAGUCGUCGGGAAUCCAAUUGAUCUUUUUAAGGAAUGCUGUGACUCCCAGAAAUUAGAAACAGCUGCUUCAUACCUUAUCAUUAUACAGAGCCUUGAGCACCAUUCUGUGAGCCGCCAGCAUGCAACAUUGCUAUUAGAAGCUUCGCUUGAUAAUGACAAAUGGGAGCUGGCAAAAGACCUUGUGAGAUUCUUAACCGCCAUAGGCAAAGGCGAUCCGGAUUCACCUCCUCGCACCCCUCAUCACAAAUCAUUCCAUCAUCCGAUCAUGUCAGAAACUGAUGAAAGUGAAGGUGACGUCACGCCGGUAAUGGUUCCUGUCCACAAACCGCCUUCGCGCACAAACAGUGGCAGUUCAACACAGUUGGCCAAGGCUGGUGGGAAUACUGGGGGCACUACUCCAAAGGAAAAAGUACAGAGACCUAGUCUUUUGAAUAGAAAUUCGUCCCUUUCAAAAAUUAUGGAUUAUUCAUCUACGUCAAGGCCUGUUACUGUUGAAUCUUGCGAACAGUUCUUCACAGAUUUGAUAUUGGCUCGCCAUGCCCGUAAAUUGCUGUCCUCGUUCAGACUGAGGGAUUUAGGCCGAUUUUCUGCUCAUCUCGAUUUCGAUCUGGUUUCUUGGUUUACCAGAGAGAGGUUUCGAGCAGCCCGUAUCGACGACUUGUUAGAUGCCCUCAUAAUGCUACACAGGCAGUUUGAAUGGUCCUAUCCAAUGGCCCCCAACGGAUCGAGAGUAUCGUCCACUUCGAGAGAUUCAAGCAAAAUUUCGUACAGAAGCUCAGACCAGACGCCUAGAGAAACACAGACUCCGCCUCUACUGAAUAACUCUACAGAAAAUGACGACAUUGCUGACGAAAUUCAAGCAAAGUUGGCUUCCAUCAGAGUCGAACAGUCCGAGGGUAUGGCUGGUGGCAUUGAAAUGUCAGAGACAAGUUCUGUGGCACAGUCAUUGGAUUACGAGCUGGAGAGUGUCGAUGGGUGUUCAUGGGUCACGGAACCACCUAACAUGAUGGAGCUUGAAAACAAGACACCUUUGGGCUCCAAACAGUGUGAGCGACAGCUAAGACAUUUGCUUAAAGUGUUCGUGGAGUCACGUUGUAUUGACUGGUGCAUACUCGUUUCCAUGAUGCUUGGUGAGUUGAGCGGACUUUCUCAAACCAUUGAGAAGAUGAUGACUUGUAAAGACCUAACAUCCUCAAGCCUCGACGCGCUGAUGGAGAAAAUCAAUUCACUUGAAGUAUGGGCCGAGCAAAACUGUACUGGAUAUCAGUUUUUGAUUUCCACAAUCAAGUCUUCUUGUGAAGAGCUGUAUGCCUCUGCAGUCAGCGAGGAGCCAAAAUCAGAAGCCAAAUUAUCUCCUUGUGAAGACAAAAGCUUUUUCAAGGAAGAAGAAAAGUCAGGUCCUGCUACAGCACAACAGACCUCCGAACAGCUAAAAGAUGGCGAUGCAAAUAGCAGCCAUCCAGGGACAGAUGAACAGCCUUCAGAGUGUAUCAUAUGUUGAACUUCUCUCUGCAUGUGGCUAUUAUAUCUUAUUUAAUUAUAGAUUUGGUUUAUUUUAGAUUUCCCGAAAAGCUAGGGAAAACAGGGUCGAUUUUGUGAAUAGAUCUAAAUAUAUAUCUGCAAUUUAUUAUAACAACGAUA